CGAAUGCUUUUAUUUGUCUCUAUGUUCAAGGAACACCGAAAUCAUGGCAGAAACGAAUUCUACUGGAAGUGAAGCUGUUUUAGGCCAAAAAUGGGACAGAUGUGUGUCUGAUACCUUGAUCAAGAUCGGUGGUGGUCUCGGUCUUGGAGUUGUCUUUUCAGUCUUCUUAUUCAAGAGAAGACCAUGGCCCAUAGCCUUCGGGUCAGGAGCAGGACUUGGCAUGGGUUACGCCAACUGUCAACAUGAAUUCAGAGAUCCUUUCAGGGUCCGUGGCAAGAUUGUAAAGGUUCUCCCUGACAUAGUAGCAGAUAUCCCUAAGGCAGUCGAAGUGCAGCCGAGCACAGAGGCAUCAUCGUCAUAGCAACGCUAAUAUAUUCAUAUGUUUUAUUCAAAUGGUGAAGAUUGCCCCAUGUGAUAUGCUAUUCAUCAAUCCUUGUGACUUAAUUCAAGUUACAUGCUUGCAAUGGAAUGGCCUCUUUUGAAGUGCUAAGGAGAGUCUUUUUAACAGAUGACAAAAUGCAAAAUGUCAUAAGAUUUGAUCUAAUCCGAUAUUCUGAUGUAAUCGAAAUGGACCUUGUAGUCAUGUUGGUAUCAAACUUUGACAUCUGUAGACCAUAGCCUUGAAAUACGAUGAUUGGUCAAGCAUGAAAAUAGUUUCACAUCAGACUGAAGUCCAAAUAUUUUGUGUCUCUCCUUAAAAAAAGUUAUGUGGCAAUUGAUACAGACAGAAAAUAAUAUAAAUUGUCUCCAAAAGCUGCUACGAGACUUCAGUUCAUGUCAAAAAGUGUGUGGUUUUAUCAGUUCAUAAUGUACUGCAUGUUUAUCAAGUAAUCACUUUCUUCAUGCUGUUUGAUAUUUGGAUAAUGGUCAUGAGAGGGUGAAAAGCUACAUGUGAAUCUGACCUGAUGACCGAUUUAACAUGAAUGAUAUUGGACACUACUAAACACUGUAAGAAACAAUGCAUGGUCAAAAUCUUUUGCCUGAGAGGGGUGAGAGCAUUCGGUUGUCAUAGGGAAAAGCAGUAUGCUUCGUAAUGUACCAAUUAAGAUGUAUUCAAAUAUCUACAGUUUUUGUUAGAAAUAACAUUUCAAAAGAUAACUGAGAACAAUGUCAGCUGUAGGAUUACAUUUGAUGAUAUUCUUACUUCACUAUCUGUAUGUUCGAUGCAGACUCAAUUCUUUGUGGUUCAGAAGGAAACAAAAUUGGACUGUUGAUACUUAGCAAUUCUUCUUCUAAAGAAGGGCUAGCAGCUGCUUUCAAAGUAGUGGGCCAAAUUUAAUGAGGACAAUAGCAAAACAUGUUUCUGGUCCUCCUUUUUCAUCAGCUUCUCAAACUUGAUCUAAUCUUCAUUCUUGCAAAAUUAAUAGUGAUGACACAUCUUUAAUGCACUCAGUAUAUACAAAGGUACGUUAUGAAUGUUAUUUCAUCUGUGAAUUAUAUUGACAUGGGUUGCUUUAAAAAGGCUAGCCCAUAUAUCAUGUAUAUAGCUGUCGUGAACAAGGUUUCAGUAAUAAACUGAAACUUAAAUAAUAAAAAAUGCAACAAUUUA